AUGCCUCCGUCAACACUCGAGAUGGAGAAAACUCCGGAGCGUAUCCCGUAUUCUUCACCCAGCCCUCUUUCGUAUUGCUAUAAUGCCGUUCUCUCGCAACCGCGUUCAUUGAAAGUUUGCAAACCCUACAGUCGAGUAUAUCCACAUGGGUUUCCCGUGUCCAGACCACGUCAAGUGUCGAGGAAUGGAAUUCCAUUAGACAAUAUUGAGCGUACUUCCAUGAUCUAUACAUACGAUAAAGAACGAAGCUAUUUCGAACAAUGUUUCAAGGAGCUGCGCAUACUCGGAAGGGGGCUGUUUGGAGAGGCGCUGGAGGUGGAGUGUCGGGAGACCGGCAAACGCUACGCGGUGAAGCGGGCUCUGCACACCUUCGAAUCUGCUGGAAAUCGUCAGCAAAAACUGCGCGAGGCGACAAACCAUGAGGCUAUUACACCCCACGAAAACAUCGUCCGCUUCGAAAAAGCGUGGGAAGAAAGGCGAGUGUUUUCGUUCGUGUCUCAACGAUCGCGUAGUAUUCAUGCUAACACGGUUUGUUCUAUAUUGGUCGCCAACUAG